UUGCGGUAAGGGAUUCUAUAUAUUUAGGGGCUCGCCGUACAAACAAGUAAGAUUACUGGAACGCCUAACUAUACGUCUGGGUAGUGUGAACAAGUGCAUAGCAGUUACGCUGAUGGCAAAAGCGUUUGGCGUUCCUUGCGUGCCGCACAACGGGGCUAUGGGCCUUGUCGGAAUAACGAGCCACCUCAGUCUCAUUGGCUACAUUGUCAGCAGUGGGAAGAAGGGCAUGCUCGAGUUUGCAGAGAAUAACCGUCACAGGGUGUACCAGAAGAAUCCGGCUGAGGUCCGGGACGCGCAUUACGUUACGCCGGUUGCGCUGGGGUAUAGCUCUGGAUACCAGAAUGAUUGUGUGGAAAGUUUGAGUGGCCGAUGGGAAGCUUUCAGGCGAACGAGGAGGGGAGACAGAGGAUGGGUGCGGGGAGGUUGACGCAGCUGUAGAGAUAUAUUAUAUUGGAUGAUCUAAAAGCUACGGCCAUGCCAGUCCUUAUUGGAUAUUCGUGAAUGAAAGAGUCUCAGGAUAAACUAG